AACGUCUGCACAAAUCCCAUUCACCCAUGAUCCGGCCUCGCAGCUGCCAUGGAGAACAAAGUGACCCUGGAUGAGCUCCCCGCAGAGCUCAUCCUGGACAUCGGCCACCAACUGUCCAUGGGCGAUCUCAACUCACUCGUGCGGACGGCGAAGCGCUUUGACAUCGUGCUGUCGACUCGCCUCUACCGUCUAGGCGCUGAAUUUGCCGGAAAAAUAAUACCGCUGAUAUGGGCCGUGAAGAACAACCGGAUUUCGGUCGUCCGGCGGCUACUCGACCAAGGCGCAGACCCAGCCUCACAAGAAGCGGCAACCACAACGGCCUUACACUGGGCUGUCAAGCAGUUGCGCCUGCGCGUACUCCGGAUGCUCCUCCGGCCGGGCGUAGAGACUUUCGUGAUGGACCGGAAGGAUUCAACGCCUCUUCAACUCGCGGCCAUACACCCGCGAUUGGGAGCCCUCGAGAUUAUGCUGGACGUCGCGCCUGCAGCAUAUCCAGAUGCGAAUGAAGACUGGGCCACGGCACUGGAAAUGGCGGUGCUCAAGGGGCGUUUGCGCCAUGCUCGCCUACUCCUCGAGACAGCUGCGAAGAAUAUCGAGCGCCCGGCGCAGAAAGCCUUGGAGGGCACGAUGCUCACCGCGGCCCGUACAGGAAAUCGUGCGAUGAUCGAACUACUGGUCAAAUUUGGUUGGGAUAACUGGGGCGCAGUUGAGGCCACCGACAGCACGCCUCUAUAUGCCGCUGUGGAGAAGAACGAUGAAGAUAUUGUUAAGAUGUUGAUUCAAUAUGGGUCAAACGUCAAUGCUGUCGAAGGCAACGGCGAAACAGCAUUGCACAUAGCGACCAGGAGAUAUUACUUCAACAUCAUGAAGGUCCUGCUUGAAGCUGGUGCGGAUGUUAGUAUUGUUGAUGAGAGUCAGAACACCGCGCUGCAUCUCUCCAGCUGUGGGCGUGAGAGCAGUAAACCCGUUACUGAACUGCUGCUUGACUCAGGAGCCGAUAUUCAUGCCAGGAACAAUGUUGGGAAUACAGCAUUACAUGUAGCAGCUGACGCUCCCACGAAUGUAUCAGUUGUCCGGCUGCUAAUCGAACGCGGUUCCGACGUCAAGGCCGCGAACAAUAAUGGAAAGACACCCCUCUUCAUGGCUGCUCGUAGAGGCUCUCUUCCCAUUGUCAACCUUUUGCUCUCUUGCGGCGCCCAUGUUAACAUUGAACGGGGUGGAGACUUGUGUCCCCUAACUGCGGCCGCUGAUUCAAACCAUGCGCAUCUACUUCAGCCUUUAGUCGAUGCUGGAUUCGAGCUCAACCCGGUGGGCCUGUCACCGAUGAUGGUGGCAGCCGACAGUGGCCAUGCGGAAGCCAUGCGAGAACUCAUCCGACUCGGCGCUGACAUCAAUCAUACUAUUGACGAAACAGUCCCUCGUUCACCGAUUGACCGGGCAAUCCGCUCUCACAAUCUGGAAGCCGUCCGGGUCUUGCUGGAAGCAGGCGCACCCAUCUGCAAGCCGGGAUACCCCGGAGAGUCAAUCUUGCACUCGGCUGUACACGCCGGCGCGACGGUAGGCAUUGUCGAGCUCUUAAUCCAGCAUCGUGCCGAUGUCCACGCCCUCGAAGGGCUCAACCAGAAUGCGCUGCAUACAGCCGUACGCUUCAAUCGAAGGAUUCUGAUCCGCCCUCUAGCUGCUGGCGGGGUCCCCAUAGACGCCCCCGACGCCAACGGCAACAGACCCAUCCAUCUCGCCGUUGAACACAGAGGCCUGUCUUGCAGGUUCGUCGAACCCCUUAUCACGGCCAGAGCCAACAUCAGCGCUCGUGGCGACCAAGGUCUCACAGCGCUACAUACCGCCAUUAAAAAGGCCUGCUAUAGAUCACGCAAGUUGUUGAUCGAGGCAGGGGCCGACGUCGGGGCAGAGGACAUCCUAGGCCGUACACCAUUACACCUCGGUGCAGCACGCGGCCACAAACCCACCUUCCAACUGCUCCUCGACGUGGCGAGACAGAAAUCCGUGCCCCUAACAGCCCAAUCCGCCUACGGCCUCACCGUCAUCGAAGAGGCGGCUGCAGCCGGAAACACAAGUAUCCUCCAGAUGCUCUCAGACGAAAACCUCGACAUCACGGGCUCAAAUCCAUCACAGCACGGCAACCACCGUGGAAUGCCCCCCGUGCACAUGGCCACUAUCUACGGCCGUGAAGCAACAGCAAAGCACCUCAUCAGCCGUGGUGCAGACCCACACGUCAUAGACGUCUAUGGCCGCACCGCAAUGGACUGGGCAAUGCUGCACCAAAGCGACAACCUGACCUCCCAGCUCCACAGACACAACUUCAUCUACGCCCCGCUAACAACCGAGGCCCGGACAGCAGUGCUAAAGGAGAGCAUAGUGGGCCUGGCGCGGCGUGUCCUCGACAAUGUCGCGGCGGUAUUCUACCAGCUGGCCAAGUGUCUGCAAUUCAUCGAUAACAUGCCCGCGGCUGCAACAGUGUGGUCGUUUGGCUUGGCGCAGGUGUCCUGCGACCAGUGCGACAUGGCGCUUCCGCUGAAUGGACCCAGGUUUGUGUGCAGCCAGUGUCCGGAGAUGGACUUUUGUGUGGGCUGUCAUGGGGAUGAUGGUUCUAACCUUCAGAAUGCGCAUUCUGCAUGCCUUCGGCAUGGGCUUGCAGAGGUUGAUUUGGGGGGCUACAUGCUUCCCGAGCAGAGGGGGGAGGCGCCAGAUGAAGGCGCUUUGUAUCAGGCGAGGAGGGCAUUCUUGAAGGGAUUGAUUGAGCAAUAUAGCCAGUAAUUACUUAUGAAUUUUUUUUUUCUUUGUUUUUAUAGCGUGGGAUAUGCAGCGAGCGAAUUACUUGUCACAUUUAUAACCAACUUCAUCUUCACUGAUUGAGAUACCAAGCGAAUCACGAAUCUUAUUUCUAUGUCUCUUUCCUGUUUAAACCUCUACAAGAUGUCCCAUACUUUAGGCUUCUAGCACAUCAGGCAAAGAAAGACCGGUUU